AUGCCCACAGAAUCUAAUAAAGAUGGAGAAAAGAAAACUGCCACCACGACCGCUACAACAGCAAAAGAAGCACCGUCAACUAAUCCCGAACCAGCACCUCCUGAUAAAAAGUCCGUGUUAGAAACCCACGGGUAUGUCCUCGGCAGGCCCAUUGGGUCCGGCUCGUACGCCACUGUACGAGUUGCGACCAGCGAGAGACACGAUUGUCCAGUAGCUGUCAAAAUCAUAAGCAAAUUUCAAGCCCCCGCGGAUUACUUGAAGAAAUUUCUUCCGAGGGAGAUAGAUGUCGUUAAAGGUUUAAAACAUUUGAAUAUCAUAAGAUUCCUUCAAGCAAUUGAAACGACCCACAGGGUUUAUAUCGUUAUGGAAUUCGCGGAGAACGGUAGCUUAUUGGACACGAUAAGAAGAGAUUCCUACAUCGACGAGCAGAGAUCUCGUAAGUGGUUUCGACAGUUAUUGGAUAGCGUGGAAUACUGUCAUGAGCGCGGCGUCGUGCAUCGGGAUAUCAAAUGCGAGAAUCUGCUCAUGGACAACAAUUACAACAUUAAGUUAUCUGAUUUCGGAUUUGCCCGUGGCGGUAUGAGACGCAAGAACGGGUCGCCGAUCCUGAGUGAGACAUUUUGCGGCAGUUACGCUUACGCCUCUCCAGAAAUUCUGAAAGGCAUACCAUACCAGCCCCAAUGCUCGGACGUAUGGUCGAUGGGGGUUGUUCUAUACGCCAUGGUAUUUGGCAGACUCCCGUUCGAUGAUUCGAAUUAUCCUCAACUUUUGAGACAAGUUCAGAACAAGGUUACGUUUCCGAGAGAACCGCGAGUGUCAUCGAACUGCAGACAGCUGAUUGUGAAGAUCCUCGCGCCGCUGAAACAGAGAUUAAAAAUACCGGCGAUUAAAAGCGAUACCUGGUUGACCGUUGAGGAGGUUAAAGAAAGUGAACCACCGGCUGUGGAAGAAAAGACAGAAAACGAACAGCACACUUCGCAUUCGGCAGAAUGA